AUGGCCGCGAAGUCGGAUGGAGCGGCGGCCGCGGCCGGCCCGGGGCCGGAGGGGGCUGCCGGAGGCGCCCGCGGCAGUACGGGCGGGCGCGGGGAGGCGGCGGCGGUGGCCGGGGGCCCCGGGGUGGUCGGGGCGGGAGGCCCGGGGCCGCGCUACGAGCUGCGGGACUGCUGCUGGGUGCUGUGCGCGCUGCUCGUGUUCUUCUCCGACGGCGCCACCGACCUGUGGCUGGCGGCCUCCUACUACCUGCAGGGUCAGCGCACCUACUUCGGCCUCACGUUGCUGUUCGUGCUCCUGCCCUCGCUGGUCGUGCAGCUGCUCAGUUUCCGCUGGUUCGUCUACGACUACUCCGAGCCCGCGGGGGCCCCGGGACCUGCCGCCAGCACCAAGGACAGCGGCACCGGCGGAGCCGCCAUCAGCACCAAGGACAGCGCCGUCGCCUUCAGGACCAAGGAAGACAGCCCCGAGCUGAGCCCCCGGCCCGCGCCCUCCUCGGCCAGCGCCUACCGCCGCCGCUGCUGCCGCCUCUGCGUCUGGCUGCUGCAGACCCUCGUCCACCUCCUGCAGCUCGGCCAGGUCUGGAGGUACCUGCGCGCCCUGUACCUGGGGCUACAGAGCCGCUGGCGCGGGGAGAGGCUGCGGCGCCACUUCUACUGGCGGAUGCUGUUCGAGAGCGCCGACGUGAGCAUGCUGCGCCUGCUGGAGACCUUCCUGCGCAGCGCGCCGCAGCUGGUGCUGCAGCUCAGCCUGUUGGUGCACCGCGGCCGCGAGCCCGACCUGCUGCCCGCCCUCUCCACCUCUGCCUCCCUCGUGUCCCUGGCCUGGACGCUGGCCUCCUACCAGAAGGUGCUACGAGACUCGAGGGACGACAAGCGGCCACUGUCCUACAAGGGCGCCGUGGCCCAGGUACUGUGGCACCUGUUCACCAUCGCAGCUCGCAGUCUGGCCUUCGCCCUCUUCGCCAGCGUCUACAAGCUCUACUUUGGCAUCUUCAUCGUGGCUCACUGGUGCGUCAUGACCUUCUGGGUCAUUCAGGGGGAGACAGACUUCUGCAUGUCCAAGUGGGAGGAGAUCAUCUACAACAUGGUGGUGGGCGUCAUCUACAUCUUCUGCUGGUUCAAUGUCAAGGAGGGCCGCAGCCGCCGCCGCAUGACCCUCUACUAUUGCAUUGUCCUGCUGGAGAACGCAGCGCUCACUGGCUUCUGGUACUUCAGCCGCAACUUCUCCAACGACUUCCACUCGCUCAUCCUGGUCUGCGUGGUGGCCUCCAGCUUUGCGCUGGGCAUAUUCUUCAUGUGUGUCUAUUACUGUCUCCUGCACCCCAAUGGACCCAUGCUGGGUCCCCAGGCACCUGGCUGCAUCUGUCCUGAGACCCCAGGGACGUGUGGCCCACCAGCCGAUGCCAUCACAAGUCCCCCACGGUCCCUGCCAAGGACUACAGGCGCCGAGCGAGAUGGGGCCUCCGUGGGGGGUGAGCGUGCAGGGACCCCCACGCUACCUGUCUUCCAGGUGCGGCCUGGCUUGCCUCCCACACCAGUGGCCCGCCCCUUGCGGACAGAGGGGCCUGUCAUUCGGAUUGACUUGCCUCGCAAGAAGUACCCAGCUUGGGAUGCUCAUUUUAUUGACCGCAGGCUCCGGAAGACUAUCCUGGCAUUGGAGUACUCCUCUCCCGCCACACCCCGGUUGCAGUACCGCAGCGUGGGGACCUCCCAAGAGCUGCUGGAGUACGAGACAACCGUGUAGGCCACAGUCUGCUCUGACAAAAAGGGAUGGACUUGGCUGAUCCCACAUCGACUACAGUGUUGAGCCAGGAAUUUCAGGGCCACCAGGCUGUGGGGUCAUGGAUCUGUUGAUCCAAGGGUAGAGUGGCCCCAUCAUUGGGUUCUUUUUAAGGGAGGGGGCUGUCUUAUGGAGACUCCAGCCCCAGACCCCAUUUACAGCCCUGUGGCCAGUUCCCUAGAUUCCCCUGAACCAGGGCCCAGGGAAUCAACUGGUGCUACACUCCUCAUGAGCUGCCCCACUUUCAUGGGGCCUCCGUACCAUGCCUGUUGCAGGGGGCCCGCACCCUCUCCCCUGCCUGGCAUUGUCCACACAUUGCCCCUGGUGAACCUACCAGAGGAAGGGUACUGUCUGGAGUUCAUGGCGAGGCCCUGUGCUCCUUGGGGGUAUGGCAGUGGGCUGCCUCUGUGGUGGGAGGGGAUCACU